UCGCUCUGAGUAGAGAACAAGUCUCCGUGUUUUACGGAUCUUUGAAAUACAAAGCAAGCAGCUUUUAGAAGUGACCAAGAGCUAUGAAGGACUCCUCUCUAAAAUCCGCGCAGUUGGCGGCGGUACACCGGAUGCUCGCCUUUAACGAAGUGGACGGGACGGCGUACGAAAAUGAGUACGCGCUGCCGCCCGCUGGAAGCAGCCACAAUCAGUGGAAGAUUCUAAUUUACGAUGCAGCUUGCCAAGCAAUCAUUUCUCCGAUUCUUUCGGUUCAGCAGCUACGACGACGGGGGGUGACCUUGCACUUGUUGUUGAAUAGUGAGCGUGAGCCCAUCCCCGAUGUACCGGUCAUUUACUUUUGUCGACCGACCAAGCAAAAUUUGGCAAUCAUUGCGCAGGACUGUGCCAAGGGUCUCUACGGGCGCGCGCAUUUAAAUUUCGUAACGAAGCUUGAUCGAUCACUGAUGGAGGAAUUUGCCAAGCUUGUUGUACAGACAGGAUCGUUAGAGUCGAUUGCUUCCGUGCAUGACCAGUAUCUGGACUAUGUUUGUAUGGAAAAACGACUAUUUAGCUUGCACAAAGUCAAUUCGUAUGUCACUUACAAUAGUUCCGGAACAACUGAGGAAAUGAUGGAACAGGCAAUGACGGAUAUUGCGUACGGCUUGUUUUCGGUAGUAGCUACGCUGGGACAGAUUCCAGUGAUUCGUUGUCCCCGGGGGGGUGCUCCGGAAAUGGUGGCCCGUCAAUUGAAUCGAAUGAUAGCUGAGCAUCCAACACUGCUCAGGAAUAAAUCUUCUCUGACGAGACCACUUCUUGUUAUUUUGGAUCGGAAUGCUGAUUUGAUCACUCCGGUUCAGCAUACCAGUACGUACCAGGCGUUAAUCGAUGAUCUUCUUCGUCAUAAGGCGAACCGCGUGGAAUUUGAAGUUGUUCAAGAUCCGGAUGCCAAACGUCCGAAAACAAUUCUCAAGAGGUUUGAUUUGGAUCCAGACGAGGACGCAUUUUAUUCCGCACAUAAGUUCCAGCCCUUUCCAGAAGCCAUCGAAAGCAACGGCACGGAGCUUCAGGAAGUCACCACGAGAGAACAAGCUAUACGCUCUAAAGCGGGAGGAAGUGAUGCUCGCAACGACCCCAUGGCUUCAGGUGCAACCGAUUUAGCGAAUGCUGUGGAUUCAUUACCUGCUCUCUUAGAUCGUAAAAAACAGCUAGAAGUACACACGAGUAUCCUACAAGCAGUCAUGAAUGAAGUAGCCACACGAGACGUUCCUCAGUUCUACGAACUCGAGUCGUCUUUGGCAACUGGGGCGUACAGGAACGACUUGGCUAAAGCGAAAAAGGAGGUUUUGGCCCUCGUGAGUGAUGAAACCAAGGGAAAUAUUGACGACAAGAUCCGCUUAGUGAUGGUGUACACUUUAACAACGGCUGCUAAAACUGCCGACUUGGAAGAAGUGAAAGUGACUUUGCAACAAGUUGGCGAUAUUUUGGGAGCGGAGGACAAAACGGCGUCAACUCGUCUCGCCUCGGGAAUCAAAGCUUUACAGUAUCUCAAGCAGCUCCGGUCUAUGCAUAUGAUUCCUUCUGCUACUGAUAUGUUGCAAGAGUUGCAAACGCCAUCGUCUGCCAGUGAAUCGUCCAGCACCAUGCUGAGCAGCCUCAUGGCCAAAGCUACAACGCAAGCUACUGGUUUAUUGGCGAAGGCUACGGAUCGUGUGGCCUCCAUGUUGGGUAAAAUCCACAAGCACCACGCCACAGUGGUAGUCGAAAAUUUGUGCGAAAUGGCACAGGGUAGCGAGGAUGAAACUUAUCUAUAUUUGGACCCUAAGGUCAAGGGAGACGUUGAUAUACACAAGCUACGUGGCAUGAAUCGAGCAGCAAUUCGCAACGUAAUUUGUUUUGUCAUAGGCGGCGGCUCGUAUGGAGAGUACCAGAAUUUGCAAAUGCUGGCCAAUGAUCGUCUACAGAUUGGGUACGGCAGCACGGAGCUUUUGGACGCCGGAUCCUUUUUGGCGCAAUUGGGACAAUUAGGAUAG